UGACUGUUACACUGCAGUGGUAUGUUGGAGUUCCAGUUGCAUGGCUGUUUUGGGAUACCCUGCUUGAUUGAUUGGAGAAUACAGCUCCAGAGUGCUGGGAGUACACGUCUGUGCCACCACCCCCAGCCAGGAGUUACUUUGAUUCUUCAGUCUCUUUAGUCCCCACAUCCAAUCCACUUGCAAGUCCUGUUGAGAAUCUACAUCUGAUGUAUACCCCGAACUGGCACCUUCUCUUUAGCUCCAUUCCUAACACCUUGGUCCAAGCCACCAUUGUAUUUCUCCUUAGCACUGGUAUUUCUCCUUGACUAGUUUCCCCACUCCCUGUCUUGUUCCUUGUCAAUCAGUUCUCCAGCUGCAGAAGUAAAACCAUCAUACAAUAAUUUAUCACCUCAUUUAAAAUCCUUAAGUGGCUUCCCAUUGCAUUUAGAAUCCAAAUCCUUGCAGAAGCUCAAGAUCUGACUUAUCCUCUACUAUGCCUCCUCUGGUCAUUCUAACCUUCUUGCAGAUUACAUUGUAGGCCCUUUCUCUUAGAAGGGUUCCAGAACUAGCCGUUCCAUCCCUUUUUUUUUAUAGUAUUGGGAAUUGAACUUAGGCCCUUUGCCAUGAACUAUUUCCCCAUCCCUUUUUAUUUUUUAUCUUGAGACAGUGUCUCACUAAGUUGCCCAGGCUGGGCUGAAUUUGCAAUCCCCCUGCCUCAGCCUCCCAGAGUGCUGGAAUUACAAGUGUGUGUCACCAUGCCUGGGAGGGUUCUCUCUUCUCAGUAGUGCCCCUUAUCCAUGGGGAUAUAUUCCAAGGUCCUCACUGGAUGCCUAAAAUUGCAGACAGUACCAAUGCUUUCCCUAUAUGUACUUAUGAUAAAGGUUAAUUUAUAAAGUAGGCACAGUAAGAGAUUAACAAUGGGUAAUAAUAAAAUGACUAUACUAAUAUACAAUAAUAAAAGUUACUUGUAAGUUGUUUAUUUCUGUAAUUUUCCACUUGAUAUUUUGGACCAUGGUUUCUGAAACCUAGGAUAAGUAAUAUACUUAAUGGAAAAAGGGCAGGGGCUAGGAAUGCAACCCCUAAACUAUUGUCCUUCCCCCCACAGUCAGGAGCCACUAGGGGAGUGGAAGGCAGGGAUGAGAUCUUUUGGAAUCCUUGUUCAUUCGCUUCUUUGCCGAGUCUUUCAUCCUUCUCAGGCCCACGUUUCUCUGGCCACUCUACCUGCUUUGCUGUAUGUGCAAGAGCUGCCCGAUGGGUGGCUGCCUCUACCUAUCACAGCAUCAGUGGGGCCACCUAACACCUCAGCACGCUCAAGAGUCAGAUGGAGUCUCCUUUGCUCCUUCCUUGGUGGCCCCCAAAGAAAGCCUCACAAACCCUUUUGUGUUAAAGGUUUGGUUGAUAAUCACUGGGUGAGAAUAUUAAAAAGUUUUGAAGUUCUUGAAGCUGUAGUCACUCCUACGUCCUGCUGAGAGAAAGCAUUGUAAAGGAAGGGAUCCCAGUGGCUUGUUGAGGCACAGGUGGGGCUUUGUGUACCCCUUCCUCUCCAAGGAAAGCAAACAGCAGCCAAGGGCCACUCCUGUACCCCUGUAAACCACUGGGAUCCUUUCCUCCAUGAUGCUUUUUCUUCCUCGGGUCCCUGAUUCUCUGGGUGCGAUGUCUGUGCCCCUGCUCACAGAACUCCCUUGAGGUUAUGCAGAAUUCCCUAGGUUUGGGAUUCCACUUCUGAAUCCCUUCAAGUCCUGCUAGGUGAAGCAGAGCCUGACAGAUGGUGGGUUGCUCUUGGUACUUCCUGCUGAGUAUCUUCUGCAGACAAUGACUAUAGGAGGAUUGCCCAGCUUCUACAGGGCAAAGAUGGGCAGGGAGUGUCUGGAUUACCUGGGCCCACGGCCCCAGGUUUAGUUUCCAAGAACUCUAAUAGGCUUGGGCACCCUCCUGUGGUUCUGCCUGGGGAGGGAGAGCAGAGUGAUGGAGAAACCACUCCUCUGGCCUUGUUCCUUGGAGCAUGGUCUGGCCUGCACACAGGUGGGCAGCAGCUCAGGGUCCCUCCAGACCCUGAGUAUCAGAGUUUGCACUGGUUUUGUAUUUUGUUUUUACGCAGGGCCUUCACAUCCCACACACCAUUUCCACAUCCUAGUGCUUCUUCCCAAGAUGCAUUUUCCCAUGUCAACAUUUAUGAUUCUCCUCUGGGCUUUGGAUGAGCCUGAAGCAGGGUGACUCAGUCCUCAGAGCCAUCCACUUCUCUUUCCGGGCUGUUUUGGCCCAGCACUCGGCACACAGAGCAGAAGGGUGGAGUUGUGCACAACUCUGCUGGCCUCACCAGGGCAACAGAACCCCUGUGGUGGAGGAAAUGGGCCCAGUUACAUGAGCACCCUUGAUGAGAUUGACCCCAGGAGUGUUGCCCUAAUUCUUAGAUUCCCCCAGCAGUUCUGCCCUGUACCUCUAUCUGGAUUGCUUCUUCAAGCCAUCUGGCUCUGAGGUGGAUUUCUGCCAGGAGCUUGGCUUUCCCCAAAGCAGUGUACCUUCUUGCAUGGAGUCCGGACUCUACUUCAGGCGAACAUUAUCGAAACAUUGCAUUAGAUCUCAGGAGCCCUGGGCUUUACUUCCUUCUCUCUUGCACACACCCCCCCCCCCCCCCCCCCCUGCCAGCUGUGUGACCUCAGGCAAGUUGCAAGCAGGUGUGUUCAUGCCUGACCUGCCUUUUGUCAAGGGAUAGUGUGGUCAAUGAAAGGGUGGAUCUGAAGCCAGCAUUGUGGUACAGGCCAAAAGAUCAAGCCCAAUGUGUAGGUCUGUGAAUUUUACAAGCCACUAAAACCAUAACAGGCUCAUCUGCAUUAACAAGCUUCUUUGAGAAUGCAAAUAUCAACGUAUUGUUAACUCUUUAAAUAUUUUACUCUGUGGAUUUCUUAUAUCACUAGUUCUUCUCUGAAUGUUUAUUUCAUUUUUUAAAAAGAGUAGUCUAUGAAUAUUUUAAUAAAAUUUGAACAAUAUUAAAAAAAAAUUCAAGCCCAGCCUGGGCAAUUUAGCAACUUAGCAAGGCCCUAUUUCAAAAUAUAAAAAUUGUAGAAAGGGCUGAAAUGUAGCUCAGUUGAAAGCCCUCAGUUCAAUCCCUGUAUGUGUAUGCAGAGGUGGGAAUGGACCUGGAAGCUUUGGGAGCUAUGAGGCUACUGUAAUUUAAAUUAAAUUCUAGAAGAGCCAGAUGUGAUAGUGCAUGCCUGAAAUCCAGGCACUCUGGGAGGCUGACGCAGGGGGAUCGAAAAUUCAAGCCCAGCCUGGGCAAUUUAGUGACUUAGCAAGACCCUGUUUCAAAAUAAAAAUUUUUAAAAGGCUAGAGCUGUAGGUCAGUGAGAAGGUCCUAGGUUCAAUCUCCAGUCAAAAAUAAAAAAGAAUCUAAAGGACCCUGAGAGUCCUUCUAAUGCUCAGCAGGCCUGGAAAGUCCAAAUUUAAUAGUCGAGCACCUGGCCAGCUGGGGAGCAAGUCACUUCUCCAGAGGGAACAUUCGGGUUUUAGCCUCCAUGUGCCAUUGUGGGCAGGUGGGGAAUGGCCCACACGGUGGAACAGGUGCACCCGUGCAUGUGUGAAGUGGUCUCGGGCCGGGUGCACGCAUGUGAAGUCCCCCGUGUCUGUGUGCAGUGCUGUGCAUAUGGUUCAGCUCUUACUGAGUUGAGAGACCUGAUUCCGGUUUGGUGGCUUUGAAGGAGUCCCUCAGACUUUCCCUAACCUGAGUUUCCUCCCUUUUUCAGUUAGUAAGUUGUAGUGGCUGAGUCCUGAGGUCUCUUCCAGCCCUGCCAUGCCCAGUUCCCAGCUUGAGCCCGGGGACUUCUACUAGUUGUACUUCUAAUUUGGUUUCUGUGUCUUUUCUUUCCUGUGGGCCACUCCUCAUGUCAGUUUUUGUACCUGAGUUGUCACUCACUGAGGAGCUGGAAUUUGGCUUUUUUGAAAUAGUGUUACUCACUGAAAAUGCAGGAAGCUUGAGCAAAAAAAGCUUCACUCAAAAAAAAAAAAAAACACAGCAAGAAACCACAGGGCCUAUCUGCCUGUCGUCAUCAAGCAGACUAGAAUAGUGCAGAAAACCCUAGGCAGAGAGGAAAUGAACUUGAGAGAAGGGGGAACGCAGGCAGAGAAGAGAGAAGAGAGAAGGAGGGCUGGAGCCACAGCAGGAGAGAGCUGGAGGCCAAGCGGCGAUGGUCAGAAUGGAGGAGCUGGCUGUGAAGCGGGGCUUUCUCCAUCUCCAGCAGCAGCAGACUUUUGGCAAGAAGUGGCGCCGGUUCUCGGCUGUGCUGUAUGGAGAGUCAGGCUGCGCCCUGGCCCGGCUGGAGCUCCAUGAGGGCCCAGAGAAGUUGCGACGAGGAGAGGCUGCCCGGAAGGUCAUCUGCCUCAGUGACUGCCGGCGGGUGGCUGAGGCAGGUGGGGAGGCCAGCAGUCCCCGGGACACCAGUGCCUUUGUCAUGGAGACCAAGGAGCGCCUGUACCUGCUGGCAGCACCCAGUGCAGAGCGAGAUGACUGGAUGCAGGCCAUCUGCCUCUUGGCCUUCCCUGGGCAGAGGAAGGAGUCCUUGGGGCCGGAGGAGAAGGGUGGCUGGCCCCGCAUGGAGGAGAAUGAACUGUACAGCGGUUCGGGCACAGGGGUCCCCUGCAAGGAAUUUGUUGUGACCAUGAGACCCACAGAAGCCAGUGAGCGGUGCCAGCUCCGGGGAAUCUAUACUCUCCGGGCCGGGGUGAGCACCCUGGAGCUGUGGGAUGGCCCUGAGCCAGGCACCCAGCUGUAUGACUGGCCCUACAGGUUUCUGCGGCGCUUUGGGCGAGACAAGGUGACCUUCUCCUUCGAGGCCGGCCGGCGCUGUGUCUCUGGAGAGGGCAACUUUGAGUUCGAGACCCGCCAAGGCAACGAGAUCUUCCUGGCCCUGGAAGAGGCCAUCGCUGCCCAGAAGAAUGCUGCCUCGCCUGGGCCCCCACUUGUGCCAGCCACAGUGCCUGCAGUGCCCACCAUGCUGCCCCGGCCCGAGAGCCCCUACUCCCAGCCCCAUGACUCACUCCCACCACAGCUGUCGCCCAGCGCCCGGACACAGCCUGGCACUCGGCCCCCUGAGGGCGAGUACGCUGUGCCCUUUGAUGCUGUGGCCCGCGCGCUGAGCAAAAGGCUACCAGGCAUCCUGGCAGGCCCUUCCCCGCUCCCGGCAGACCCUUUGUAUGAUAGCAUCGAGGACCCCAGGCCCCCUGUGCCCGACCACAUAUAUGAUGAGCCUGAGGGCGUGGCCACCCUGUCCCUGUAUGACACCCCACAGGAGUCCCGGGGGCAGGCAUGGAGGAGGAAGGCCACAGCAGAUGGGGCCCCUGGUGCCCCCCAGAAGGACUUCUCUGUAUCUUGCUGGCCACACGGGACUGAGUACGACAAUGUUGUACUUAAGAAAGGCCCAAAAUGAAGGCGUGUUGAGGAGAGGGGGCCACGUUGAAGUGUACCCCGGGAGGGAGUCAGAAGCCAGGGAGAAGGCAGGUGGGGAAGGCGUGCCUCCUCUUGCAACUUCUGCUGGGGAGUCCUCUGGCCGCUGCCAGGGACCCCUCCCUUUGCCUGUUGCGGAGCCCCAGGCUUCUGGGCUUAAUGGACUGUCCCUCCCAGAGCCCUCUGGGUGAGUCACCAGCCCAGAGCAGAAGGAGACCCAUGAAGAGACCCAUGCUCCUCCUACUCCUUUUCUACUUCCUCCUCUCUUUCCUGGCCCUAAAGGGAGCCCAGUCAUUUAGGGCAGAAGACAAAAACACGUCCACAAGUCACCCUGGUUGAUGUCCCCUUCUGGGGACAGCCCUGGUCUCGGGGCCUGGGAGGAUGGCUGCAGCUUUCUGCAGGUCUCAGAUUGUGUGGCAUUAAAGUAUUUCUGAAGUA